AUGGAUACAUUCCCAGACUCCACGGAUUAUCAGCAAAUGGAACAGUUCUUGGAGAACCUGUAUGGUGGGCUUCCAUAUUACCGAGGCGUGGAGAUCGCGAACAUUACGACAACUGAUGGUGAAACAGUGACCACGCACCGUGUCCUGUACAAUCGUCCGGUGACACCACGUGAGGAAUGGAACACCGCUAUACUCCUGAAGGACUAUGUGAAUGAAAACUUAUAUUACGAAUACGGCACGAUGAACAGACCAAUAGAGAACGCCACAUACCUUGUCCGUGAGAACGGCGAAAUAGUGGAUGUUGUGUCUCUUCUUGAACGGGAGUGGCGCACGUGUUACCUGUACCAGGUGUUAGCGGCGUGUGAGAAUGGCGCCUACUGCUACGCAGACCAAUACAACCGGCCAUCAUGCAGAUGUCCUGCCAAUUACUGGGGAGAAUAUUGUCGGUAUUAUACACCAAACAUCGUAUACGCUGAUUAUGUGGAUAAAUCACUUCUGACAUUAACACUGGCGGGAAAUGUAUCAAGCGAUCCAUCCUCACCCGAAUAUCAAUCUAUUUUGGAAUUCUUCCGCCAGCAGUAUGGAGGACUAAGCUACUACCGGGAUGUGGAGAUCUUGGAUAUGGUGUAUGAAGGCGGAGAAACCAAGAUCACUCACGUUGUGAACUACAACCGGCCUGUGACAGCUCGUCAGGAAUGGCAGACAGCGACAAUCCUCAAGGACUACGUCAACUCAAACCUAUACUUCGACCAAGGCGCAUUUAACGCUUCCAUUCAGAACGCCACCUACAUAGUUCUCGAUACUCAGGGACAAAUCGUCCACGAAGAUACGUAG